AUGAUAGUUUCGGUUCAGAAUCUGGUUCUGAUAGCGGUGGAUCGUUUUGGAGCAGUCGUAUUUCCACUCCGUUCGCCACUCAUCAGAUCUAAGCUGUGUCCGUUCUUCAUUUCCGCCACGUGGAUAGUCGCAGCGGCUUUCAUUUGGCCACAUUUGUUCACCUACCAACUCAUUGAAUACUCAGGGGAAAUAUUGUGCGAGAUGAGAUGGACGAAAGCAUUCGGAGAGUCCUCGUCCGUUGCCGAUUACAUAUUAGCAGCGACUAUUCUGUUUACAUACAUCCCUGUGAUGGUGUUAGUCUUUCUUUACUCUAUCAUCAUCAUCAAGCUCAAGACACAGGCACAUCCCGGUGAACAGUCCGCGAACAUACAGCAACAGAGGAACAAACGAAACAGAAACGUCCUUCACAUGUCUAUUGCCAUCGUAUUAGUGUUUGUGUCUCUACUAACAGUUUAA